UGCCAUGCGCUUCACGAAGGUUAAAACUUUAACUCCGGACACUGAUCUCAAUUUUUUGUGAUAUAAUCUCCGCACUACCUUUCUUCCUCGCAUUCUGCUAGCAGCGCCGUACGGUAGCGGCGGUGGGGCCAAUUCUGACUAAUAUCUGAUUUCGCAUUCAACUGGCGCCCAGGUGCUGAUGGCAUCUAAGUUGCGGCAGUUGCAAUCCAAAGCUCGCCAAGCAUCGCAAUUUGUAGUUAACCAUGGGACCCCUUACUACAAGCAAUUGUUAGAGGAGAACAAGCAAUACAUUCAGGAGCCACCUACCGUGGAAAAAUGCAACCUACUGGCAAAGCAAUUGUUUUACACUCGCCUUGCUAGCAUCCCUGGUCGUUGCGAGGCAUUUUGGAAGGAGCUUGAUCAUGUCAAGCACUUAUGGAAGAACAGACAAGAACUGAAGGUUGAAGAUGUAAGCAUUGCUGCUUUGUUUGGCCUGGAGUGCUUUGCUUGGUUUUGUGCCGGUGAAAUUGUGGGAAGGGGAUUCACUUUUACGGGUUACUACGUUUGAGAAUAAGCACCUCAAAAUUUACUUGGAGGUUCUGUCGAGGAAAAAGAAAACGUGGGGAAGGGGGUUUCUCAAACUCGUUAGCGAUCUGCUCUGGCCAUUUAUACUUGUGUGCAUGAUGGUGCCUUCUACAAGCCAAUUUUUUUUUUUCCCCUGAAAUUUGAUCUUAGAUUAACGAAAGUGACAAAACUGGUGCUGAACUUUGAUAAGCCUUAAUAAGCCCAUGUAUUUGAAGCGGGAUUCGCCUUGCGUUGUUUUGCCAUUAGUUGGAAGGUGGUGUUGAUCUCCCUUUCUCAUGAAUUCGCGCAAAUCAAACUUGGAUUAACUUAUAAAUAAACCCAGCUUGGCGUUAAAUUCAUCGUUUGAUUUUGA